AUGCCUUCCUCCAAGGCCUUAGUGGUGGUGACUAGCCUCUGGUUGCUGAUUCUCAAUAUUGAAGCUGCCCCUAGUUUUGUCUAUCAUACAUGCAUUAACACAACCACUUACACUCCCAAUAGCACUUUUCAAUCUAAUCUCAAUCUCCUCCUCUCUGUUCUUUCUUCUAACAGUGCACACAAAUGGUUUUAUACUGCUACCGUCGGCGAUGAUGCUUCUAGUCUGGCUAUUGGCCUGUUUCUCUGUCGAGGCGAUGUUACCAUUGAAGUUUGUAAUGACUGUGUGGUGAAUGCUGGGAAAGAUUUAGUCCAGAGGUGCCCCAGAGAUGAAGUGGCAUAUAUUUGGUAUGAUGAGUGCAUGUUGCGUUAUGAUAACCGGUCCUUUGUCGGGUCAAUGGGUGACGCACCUUGGGAAUGGUUCUGGUAUGGAUCGGAUGUCACGGAACCUAAUCACUUCGCACAAGUGCUGGGAGGUAUUAUGGAUGGCUUAGCAACUCGGGCAUCCAGCAAUCAACCUUUGGAUGAUCAAAACGUUACCAGGUUUGCAACUGGAGAGGCUAACUUCUCAAGCCUUCUAAAUAUAUACGGCCUAGCGCAAUGCACACCAGAUUUAUCCGGGAUUGAUUGUUACCGAUGCCUCCGAUUGUGUAUAGGUGUUCUGGCAGGCUGCUGUAAUGGAAAGCCACGUGCUAGAGUUUUGCAUGCAAGUUGCAAUCUCAGAUACGAUAUGUUCCCAUUCUACCGCAGUAACAUGAUGUUCCCAUUCAACAGUAGUACAGCUAGAGCACCACCACUUACACGAGCAACUAGUUCAGGAGGUGAAGGGAAGAUUUCAAAACACACAUUUAUUGCCCUUGUAGCUCCAAUAGUUGCGUCUUUGGCACUUUUGGCCAUAGGCCUUUGCCUCCUAGUUGGGAAACAAAGGAGAAAGUACAAUUCUCUAGAAAAAGAAAAUG